UGUCUAUGCGCUAGUGGUGGGAAAAUUAUGGCGGGAAUGAGGUGGGAAGUGAAGGAUUAUUGUUUGGGACUGUUCUUCCAAUUUAUUAUUUAUAAUGUCUUUAAAAAAAUUAGAAGUUUAUGUGAAUAACGAAUUAUGGCAGUUUGAUGUAUCCGAUACAGAAUUCCAGGCGGCAAUAACUGGCAAUGAGAAAGUCAUCAAGUUUUUGGUGGCCCGAAAAAGUGAGAGACGAAGUAUGGCGGUAAUCAAUAAAGAUUUUCAAGAAUCAAGGGAGUCUGCAGACACAGGUACGGCAAACGAAGUCAAUAAAGAAUUACAAGAACUAGGGGAGUCUGCAGACAUACUUAUGUAUGGCAAACGAAAUCAAGAAGGACUCAUUUGUUUGGCCAGAUCAGGCAGUUCUUUUAUUUUUGGAGACCUACCGAGAGAAGGAAUCUGAGUUUGCUUUGGGUUUGAAACGUCACAACAAAAUAUGGCUGGAAAUUGCUAACGAAAUGAAGAAGGCAAAUUAUAAUGUUAAUGCUACUCAAUGCCAAAACAAGAUGUCUGGACUAAAAAGAACGUAUAAAAAUAUAAGUGACAGCAACAAAAAAUCAGGUAAUCAUUCAAGUUCCUGGGCUUUUUACUCUAUUAUGGAGUCAAUAUUUGGAGAAAAGGCCUGGAUAGUACCUGCAUCAAUAGCCAGUAGCGAUGGUCCAAUAGCGAUGGUCCAUCUCAGGCUCAUCCUCCAGUUUAUCAGAAAAAACAGAAACAGAUGAACCAAGAUUAAAGAAAAGGCGAGUGGAAUCAAUUUUGGAAUCAUUUAUCACAGAAAUGAAAGAAAAUAAGCAGAAGGACAGGGAGGAUAGAGAAAAACAGAGACUUAAAAAAAUAUCAGAAAAGGAAAAUAGACGACAGCAGAUUAA